AUGGAGAUUCCAGCUGUCACAGAGCCCUCCUACAACACAGUUGCCAAGAAUGACUUCAUGUCUGGAUUCUUAUGCUUCAGCAUAAAUGUGAGGGCAUUUGGAAUCACAGUGCUGACUCCCCUGUACUGCCUGGUUUUCAUCAUUGGCGUGAUAGGCAAUGUCUUGGUGGUUCUGGUGCUCAUACAACACAAGAGGCUUCGAAACAUGACCAGCAUCUACCUGUUCAACCUGGCUAUCUCUGAUCUGGUCUUCCUCUCUACAUUACCUUUCUGGGUUGACUAUAUCAUGAAAGGAGACUGGAUUUUUGGUAACGCCAUGUGUAAGUUUGUGUCUGGAUUUUAUUACCUGGGCUUGUAUAGUGACAUGUUUUUCAUCACCCUGCUUACGAUUAAUAGAUACCUAGCUGUUGUCCAUGUUGUGUUUUCUCUGAGAGCCCGGACUGUCACUUUUGGCAUCAUCAGUAGCAUCAUUACCUGGGUCCUGGCUGCCUUGGUUUCUAUUCCUUGUCUCUAUGUUUUCAAAUCCCAGAUGGAGUUCACUUACCAUACCUGCAGAGCAAUUUUGCCCAGGAAGAGCCUGAUACGUUUUUUAAGGUUUCAGGCUCUAACAAUGAACAUCCUUGGGCUAAUUUUGCCUCUGUUGGCCAUGAUUAUCUGCUACACACGGAUCAUCAAUGUUUUACACAGAAGACCCAAUAAGAAGAAGGCCAAAGCCAUGCGCCUGAUUUUUGUUAUUACGCUUCUCUUCUUCCUCCUCUUGACCCCUUAUUAUCUGGCUGCCUUUGUUUCUGCUUUUGAAGACGUCCUAUUCACCCCUAGUUGUUUGAGAAGCCAACAGGUGGACCUGUCCUUGAUGAUAACUGAAGCACUUGCCUACACCCACUGCUGUGUCAACCCAGUCAUUUAUGUCUUUGUGGGUGAACGGUUCCGGAAGUACCUCUGGCAGUUGUUUCGGAGGCAUACAGCUGUAUCCCUGCCACAAUGGCUGCCCUUCCUCUCGGUGGACAGAGCACAGAGGGCCAGUGCCACGCCUCCAUCCACAGCGGAAAUUGAGGCCUCUGCCGACUUAUAAUUCAGACCCUGGAGACCAACAAAGGCCCAGAAGGGUGAAAAGACAAUGUGCCUCUCCAAGACAGAUAUGGAGGAUUCAUUGUCUUGUAAAACAGAGGAACCUUGCAGGUAGCUUAGAUAGAAUGUUUGCCGCGAUCUUCUUCCUGUCAGAAAGGGGAUGUAUGACCAAAUUGAUACAUUCCAGAGACUGGGACAAUAGGUUCCAGGGAAGGGCUUAGACCCAACAAGAAGUAGGGUUUGUGCACUGGCACUCCCACUCCCAGUGAUUGUGGAACCAGUUGAGUACACAAUUGAGUACUGAACUUGGAAUUCAAUGGAAUUCACAGAUGCCUCCUCUACCUCUUGAAAUCUCUGGGACUCAAGGUUAAAGUAUUUGAAACAUAUUGAGG